CCGGGGAGGUGACUCGCCAAAGUUUGAUCCAAGCAGUAACCCCCCUUCCCACUGCCCCGGACUGCUGUUGAGCUGCGAUCAGGAGGAAGUUCUCAGAGCCCCUGUUCAGCUCCCCGUCCUGUCACCUGCCCCCAGAUCCUGGUGUCCGUGACCAGCAGCUCCCGCACUAGUGCUCCAGGGGCAGGGGUCUGCUAGGGGCAGCGCUGCACAUAGCAGAGCCCGGAGCCCGUCGCACCAGGAAUGAGUGUGAGCAUCUGUCAGCAGAGACACGGACCCUUCACUACCUACAAUGGAGCCCCAGGUGCCGGGACAGAUGCCCAGGGCUGGACUCCUACUACUCCCCCUUCUCUUCUGCUUUGGGCCAGAGACCGCCGGGAGCAUUGACCCGGCCACGCUCAAAGUGAUCGUGGAUUAUGUGAACCAGCCCCUCACUCUAGGUGAAUCUCAAUACGCCUUCAUUGUGAGCCUGCCCCGUGAGAAGUGUAACCAACCCAACAACCUGCAGGAGCAGCUGCCCGAGGCAGUGCUGAGUGCCAUGAAUCAGGCGCUCUCUAGGCAAGGUGUGCCGUACGCCCCGGAUGACUCGCCUAUCAUAGCUGCCCGGCCUAGACGUCGGGGGGCUCACUGGCAGCACAGCGAGUGGCGCCUGCUCCACGGAGGCCAGAACAGCUUGGUGGCCAAGCUCAAGGCCAGGACCUGCAGACUGAACUGCUGCCUGAUCUUAUUCACCUUCAACUCGCCCUGCACGAGCAUGUGCCUGCUGGUAAAUGGGCCUUACAACAUCAUUGGCAUGACCCGUGACGCCUUCUUGGACAUUGACAACAACUACAAGGCCUUCGUCUUCCAGAGGAUCUUUCACAAUGAUACUUUGCCCCCGAUGACCCGCCAGAACCUGUUGGAUGCUUGGCACCGGCUGCCCGCCGUGCCCCUGCUGCGCUGCAACAACAACGGCUGCCAGGACUGCGCUUCGGUGGACCCCCAAAACAACCCCUGCCUGGCUGGGAUGAUGUAAAUGGUGGAGAUGAGCCAGGAAGCGUGUGGGGCUCACUCUGCCACUGGUCCUCCUUGCAUGUGCUUCUGGCUCACUGAGUGUAACAGAAACAUGUCCCAACUGUGUGCCAAAUGCCAAUCUAGAACCCCAUUCUUGUGUGUGUGUCCCGAUCUAGAAGCCCGUCCCUCUCCCCAGGUGUGCUCCAAUCCAGAAGUGCCACCACCACAUUGCAUCUCAAGCUCCAUUCUUAACCUUCAUCCCCUGCAGAUUGUGCCAUGCUCCAAUUGAGAACAUGAUCCCCAUCCCUGGGAGUCUCUGAGCUGCAGCCCAGAAGGCACAUCCACCCAGUGAGCUGAGAACUCUGAUCUAGAACUCAACUGCCAUUCCUACACA